UGCCUGAUUGCUCUGUAAACCUAAUCAUCGUUUUCUUUAAGAGGGCUUUCAGCCCCCUUCAUCAGGAAAUGGUGAGACUGACGACCAAGCUCAAAUCAAAUUUGACCUUUGGAACUAGAGCGUGGAGCACAAUCAGACUUCAUCAAUAGGAAGAAAUCUUUACCCACGGUUUCACUUACAGGGGUUCAGCAGAGAUCGACUUGUUCUCCACUCUCUUUACUGGACAGGUUUCAGAUUGUGGUAGCAUGAGUGGGGGGAGAUCAUAGUGCUCUUGUGUGUGUGUGACCUUCGGAAAACAAGCAUGUUUCUGCCCAUCUCCUGGAUCCUGGGAACUUCUGAAUGGACGCCUUUCGAUGCAAACCUAACUGACUGUUUUCUUCGUGGUCUCGUGGGCGCAUGUGGAAUAUCAGUGCUGUGCAAUCUGAUGAGAGUUUACCACUUCAUUCAAACAUGCAGUGAUUCUGAAACUGAGAGCAAGCAGAGGUCACCCUCACCGGUCAGUCCUCCGAGACUGAACUGGAGAGCGGCGCUCCAGUUCUGGUACCUGACGUUCGUCCUGUCUCUGGUGGGCUCACGGGUUGCGUCUCUCCUAGUGCUGGAGUUUUCUCUCCGAGCUGUUUCCUCUUGGGUAUCAGCCGGACUGGAUGCCAAUGGCCGAGGCCCAGCCCUCCUCCUGAUCCAGUGCCAGUUUUCCCUGGGUUGCUGCUUCACCUGUACUCUGGUGUUCCUCCAUCAGGGGGCUCCACACAGCUCCCUCAACUUGUUUCUGGAUGCUGCACUCAGCUGGGCACUGGCGAGUGUCAGCUGCAGUCUGUUGAGCCAUGCGGCCAGACUCUACCCACUGCAUAGCACAGAGCAUUACUGUGGGAAAUGCAUCACCCUCCUGACCUCUGGACACACCAUACUGGCUUCAUUGCAAAGAGCGGUCAUCUUGGUUUUUGCUCUAGCGACUGUGGCUUCCUUCGCCACAGUUUAUGAACACUUCCUGUCCCAGAAGGAUGCGCUCAAGUUUUGGACUCCACUGACACUCUGCUACACUAUGCUGGUGGUCUAUAUCCAAGAGGAUCAGAAUCGGCAGAUCGGAGCAGAGGGCCUCUUCCACACUGCAGUGCUGCGACAGGGAGCCUUACUGGUGCUCAUGCUGACGGUGGGCGACUGGUCUGACGUCCUCCAGGUCCUCAUCACGUUCCUGGGAGAGGCAGCCUGUCUGCUGCCCUCUCAGGACCUUCUGCAGGACAUGUUAAAGGAGGAAGAUGACACAAGCCUGAGUGAGCAGACCUCCAGUCACAAAACAAAGAAACUCACAAAGGAGAUUGUGAGAUGACAGCUGAUGAUGAACCUGAAGUCCACCUCAUUACUACCUCAAAUAUUAAGAUACACCCAUAGUCAACAUUACUGUUAAUAAAAUGAUUAU